AUUAAAUUUGUGGUAAAAUGAGCAAAGUAGAAAACAAUAAAAUAUUCACUCUUUUAACAGGAGCAGCAGUCUUAACUGGAGCUAGUGUUCUACUUUUCAAUUUUCUGAAGAAGUCAGAUGGGUAUGAAUAUUAAAUAAUUCUAUAGAAAGAUAAAUACUGAACAUUAAAUAAUUGACAGGGAAACCAUCAUCAAAAUUUUAAAAGAACUUAAGAAAGAGCUUUUCACAGUAUUUCAAAAUUUCGCUGCAGUUGCUAUAAAUAUUAAAUAAUAAUCUAUGGGUAGAGCUAGACCAGAAGAUAUUAAGAUGAUGCUCUUAGAACAACGUAUAACUUAAAUAUAAAUUAGCCAUGUUUAGAGGAGAAAUUGAAUAAGUUGAAGAAAUGGUUUAUAAAUCGUUUAAAAUUACCAAAUAAUAGGUUGAACAUUUUUGUCAACAUGUUUAUCGUGAUGAUCCUACUAUAAAAGAUUUAUAAAAAGAAAUGAAAGAAUCUUUUGAUAGAUCUUUUGCAGGAUAAUCUCCAGAUCCUAAAACAGAUAUUCCACCCUUUCUUACUGCUGAUUUAACUUUUGAAAUACUUGAAAAAGUAAUGACUGAAAGUGCUCUUAAAUUGAAUGAAAAAUUGCUAGAAUUACAAGAAAAAGGCGAAUAGAUCAAUUUCUAGAGUCCAAAAAUGAUGGAAAUUAUGUAAUCUCUUAAAAUGGAGAGUUCUAAGUAAAAGCCUAUAUUCAUUCUAGAAAAGAUAUCUUAGAAUAAUAUGGUUUAAAUCAAUUUGAAGAUCCAGGAAACAAAAUUUUAUAAUAUGCCACCCAAGUCUAUAGUCAAUAAGCUAAUAGCCAUUUCAAUACUAAAAUGAGACAACUUGAUUUGAUUUAUUAAGCCAUCAUGGAAUAACUCAUCAUGUAAGGACCAAUGAGUAACGAAGAAUUAAAAUAAAAAAUGCUUUCAGUUCCAUAAAAAUAAUUCCCAUUCUAAAAUGCUCAAGAACCAGUAGUUCCAGCUAAUGAACCAUAAUUGUAAUAACCAAUCAAAGAAGUGCCUCUUGAACAUGUAAACUAAGAACCUGAAGUAUUGAUCUAAGAAGCUCAUGAAGAAUAACAAUAAUAAUCAGAAUUGUUACAACCAUAAAAUAACUUAAAUUAACAUUAAGAACAAGAAGUAGUUCAAGAAGCAGUUCAAGAAUAAUAAUUGGAUUAAGAAGAGUAACCACAACUCAUCUGAGUAUUUUUAUUACAAAUAUGAUCAAUAUUAAUAUUAAUUAUUUGAUGAAUACACAAAUAUCUGGUAUUUUAAAAGCAUCCAAAAAAGAUUUCUAAACCUCACAGAGAUGUGAUAAAUUUAAGAAUGUUAUUACUCAAGGAUCAAAAAAACAUAGAAUUACAUUCGUUGAUGAAAUAAACAAAUAAUCAUCUUUGAUCUAAGUAUAUGAAGUUGAGAACUGGAAAAUAUAUAAUGUUGAAGAACCC